GCCUUGCCUUAUUUAUCUUCCAUCCAUAGAGAUUCAGACGGUGUGAGAAGGUGGAGGGAGGGAGGGAGAGAGGGAGCAGAAGGAAGAAAGAAAGGCAGGAAAGAAAAGAGGAAAGAAGAAAUGAAUAAGUCAAGCAAGGAUACCAGGGGAAAAUUCAUUGAUUCAUGCAGCCAUCCGUCCAUCCAUCCAUUCAACAAAUAUCUAUUGAAUUCCUAACAGGCCCCAUUCUAGGCACUAAGGAUACAAUUAGCAAGCUCAAGCGACUGGCAACUGACUGUCAGCAUUUCCAGGAUGAUCCCUAAGGAGCAGAAGGGGCCAGUGAUGGCUGCCAUGGGGGACCUCACUGGACCAGUCCCUUUGCUGGACCUGGGCAAGAAGCUGAGCGUGCCCCAGGACUUGAUGAUGGAGGAGCUCUCGCUGCGCAACAACAGAGGAUCCCUCCUCUUCCAGAAGAGACAGCGCCGGGUGCAGAGAUUCACCUUUGAGUUUGCAGCCAGCCCACGAGUGAUCGUGGAUGGAAGUGCCAAGGGGAAGGUAACAGCAUCGAAGGUGACAGGAACAGUGGAGCUGGGGACGGUUGCCAACGGCCCCGAGGGGCAGAACUGCCGCUCUGAGCUCCACAUCUUCCCAGCCUCAUCCCAGGGCCCCGAGGACGCCCAGUCUGCAGCCUUCCCCGCAGAGCGUGCCCGCAGCCCCAGCGCCCUGGCACCAGGCUAUGCCGAGCCACUGAAGGGUGUCCCGCCAGAGAAGUUCAACCACACAGCCAUCCCCAAGGGCUACCGCUGUCCUUGGCAGGAGUUCAUCAGCCACCGGGACUACCAGAGGGAUGGCAGAAGUCACACCCCCAGCGUUGCCCAGUAUCGAAAUUUCAACAAGACCCCGGUGCCCUUUGGAGGACCCCUGGUGGGAGAGACCAUUCCCAGGGCAGGCACCCCCUCUGUCCCGGAGCUCAUCAGUGGUUUGGAACUCCUUCGUCUCAGACCCAGCUUCAACAGAGUGGCCCAGGGCUGGGUCCGCAACCUCCCAGAGUCCGAGGAGCUGUAG